AUGGCUCCUAUUCUGGCGAAAUCGCUGAACCGCCUGUCCAAGGAAAGUAUCCUAGACCUUGCGCUGAGAUGGCUGGAGGAAAACCACACUUCUACUCCCUAUUUACAGAGCAAUCGUACCGGCUUCGAAGCUGAUGAAGAGGAUUAUCUGCACACCCCGGCCGAGACUAUUGGAGAACUGCGAAAAUGGUACCAUGAUCUCAAGAAAAAUGUUGCGAAUGCUGCUAAGCGCGACAUCAUUGAUCGCAUUGUUGAUGGCGACUGGCGAAGGGGUCUGACGUUGCAUCAACAUGCCAUGAUCGACUUUGCCGCUCUGGAACAAAACCACAAUGCAUUGAGAUGGAGUGCUCUAAAGUUGGUGCCACUGGAAGUAGAGGAGCAGAACCUGCUGGGCGGUGAUGACCGUCAACGUCCCAAGAAAAGGCGGAAAUUGGGUCAUCACGAACCAGAAAUGCCCUAUCCUGAGGUCUCUCCGCAAGCAUUUCUCUCCGCCUUGAAACAAGAGAUCUCGCCCUUGGUCAAAGCGCAUUAUCACCUCCAUCGCAUGCCUUCGCCUUACCAACUUACAAUCCUUCGACUUUACAUGACUCCAAACUCGGCUUUUGCACCCAACCGAUCCAGGAUCCCCAAACGGGCCAAGCAUGCGACUGAUGCGGGCAGGAUCAUGUACAUAGCCCUUCCCGACAGCUGCCCCUACGUCUACAUCUCGAUAUCUGGCUCCUCGCCAAGCUCCAGCGGACGUCCAAAGAGCCCAAAAGACACGAAAGAUCGAUUAAUGGCGAAAGUGGACAUGGCAGCCAUGAAGAAAAUCGUCCUAGAAGCUAUUCCAAAGGCACUAUCUCGACCACAUCGUCGAUGGGCGUUGGAUACGACGAAGCUCGUGGCCAAGUCUCUCAAGACUAUGUGCGAGCUGAGAGGCAAUCACAAGCCGGGGACGGGCGGUGGAGCCUACAGCGUCUUUGCGGACGGGGAGAAGGCGUCCGAAAAGAGUCCGGUGGAAGUACAGAACAGCGAAAAGGAAAACCAGGGCGACGAGACACAUUGUCUAAUUGAAAAACGAUUCGGAAACAUGUCUGGUGAACACCACGCACCACUCGAUCGCAUCCACGUUAAACUUAGCAACGCCAUACCGAUCAUGGAUCAUGAUGAUGGAGGGAAAGGGUCUGAUCCAUCAGAAGGACAAAAGGGAGAUGGCGAUAUCAUUUUAACAUUUUCCGGAAGUGACGUGUUUCUUGGAUUGAAGCAACUGGCGGAGUUGGGACCGGAAUAUAUUGAUUUGGACAAAAUGCCUUCUUGGAUGACGGGCGAACUGGGUAUCAGCAGUCUGACGAUUUAG